UUAUUGUAAAGCGAGAUUGCAAAACUUGAAUCGGUUCCUAUUUCUCAAGUUCACUCCCUUUUCGUGGCUUACAGGUUUAUUAUUUCCCCCUGGGAAAGUGGAGUAGGUAAAUUCACCUCUGCUGUCCUUACCAUCGGAGGUCGGAAGCACGGGUAUAAGCGAACAGCUAGCUCACAACCUUCAGCCCCCAGAGCCAAAAAGUUCCCAACCCAUUAUCUUGAAAUCUCCCCUUGACGGCUUCUUGCAUACGCAUUACGAACUUAUUCAAUUCUCAGCUGCAUUUCUUCGCCUUAUUUCUGCAUUGCCCUUUAUGCAGUUACAGUGAAGUUGAGACCCCGCUACUAAUUGCCCUCGUGUCCUCAAUACCGUAAGUUGUCCCUACCUACUUGGCUGACCUGGGUGAAUUGGCUUAGCACAAACACCCAUCCAUCUAGUACAUUUACAGUCACCACCAGCUUGCUCAAGGCUACACUACCCUUGUUAGCAGACUGACUAACCACUCCUCUACGUAGUGUUCUGCGGCUCCUCUUAAUAAUCCACCGUCAACUCAUCAUCGUUUCGUUCCCGAAACCCAUACCUCCCACCUCCACCUCCAUCCAUUGACCAACGAGCACAUUCUCAAUAUGGCUUCCGCAGAUGCCAGCGCUCAGAGCGCAACGUCGGGAGCGAAUGGAAAAUUAUCUGCUGCGCAAAGAUUAAUGGCCAAGCAUGACGAGGCGCACAAAACCACAGUGGAAGAGGUCCCGGAUGAGGAGGACCUGACACCACACCCUCAUCCCGUUUCUUCCAGCAUUCUUGAAUCCGUUGAUGAUGCUGCUUCUGCUCCAGGUUGGGCAGCACCAAUGUCAACCAAAGCUGCUGGAAAGCAAAGGGAAGCACCAGCAACCCGAGAGAAUAAGCCUCUUGACACCCAGUCAAACGAGCUAUUCCCUGGGUUAAGCGGCGCACAGAACGCCAGUCGAACCGCUCCUAUCUGGGGUGCCAAAUCAGGCGCCGCCAACGGAAAUGGGGUUGCGACAAAUGGCAGCUCUACUCCCAAAUCUGGCAGCAACACACCGAGACCGAAUGGUGGGGCUCAAUCUUUGGCGGGCCAGGUUACUGGACCUGUAUACACCUUUGAGCCCAAGGAAUUACCUCGCUCUGCUACUCGAAAGCCUUUGCCAGAGGUUCUCCGAGACAUCAAUAAAAAGUACAGAGCCAACCUGACCCAAACCACUGGUGAAGGGGGCGUAAUCAAAAUCAGUGCGGGGGGAUCUCAAGUUCCAGAUGGAGUGAAGCGCCAGGCUUUCAAAGAAUUGGGAUCACAGAUCAAUACAAAGGUGGGCCGAGUUUGCCGGGCCUUUUUUUUGUUGUAGUCGCUAACACCCAGUAGUCUUCUUUGAACGUCCCAUUUCCACGAUCCGCCAGAGCACAUGUCAUUGGAAAGGGGGGAUCCACAAUUAAGUCGCUACAAGAAAUGUCUGGUGCAAGAAUCCAAUUGCCCAAACCCGACGAUACACCAGAGGCAGCGGAUGAUGACGAUGACGAGAUCAUAAUUGUGAUUGAAGGAAAUCCAAUUGCCAUCCGCAUGGCUAGAGAAGCUGUUAGCAAAAUUGCAAGCGAGCGAACUGCUACAGUCAACACAAGACUUCGAAACAUCCCUGCCGAGUUUUAUCCUUUCAUUGCUGGUCCUCACAAUUCUCAAACGGAGGCUUUGGAGGAGUCCCAUGGCGUACAAGUGCGAGUCCCUUCACACCACAUUUGGACUUCGCAGCCUCCUCCAUCAAUGCCAGGAAGUGGAGCUCCAACUUUUCUUCCAGCCGAAGGAGACGACCAUAUCACACUUGCUGGUGACCGUGCAGGUGUCCAGGCAGCCCGUGCUCAGAUUGAACAGCUUGCCCAAGCCCUCCAACAGCAACUUGCUUUGGAGCAAGUGGCAAUUGAUAAAGGUCGUCACCAAUUUGUCAUUGGUAACCUAGGUGUUUCUCCUCAAGACUUCCACGCUGAAACUGGAUGCGGUAUUAUUCUGCCAGCCGACGAUGAAGAUGAUGUGAUCACAGUUGUUGGCCCCCCUGAUAGACUUACACCGGCGUUGGAAAGGGCCAUGGAUCUAGCUAUGGGAAUGCAAGUUUCGAGUCUCGACCUAACGAAGCAAUUGAGAAACAUUCCCUCAGCUGGCGAACAUGCACGCAACCUCACCCAUUAUUUGCGAAAUCGUGAUGAGCUCAAGAGACUUGAAAAAUCCCACACAGCAAACAUCCGUACCCCGUUCAACCCAGACGGUUCAGUUGCUCCAUGGGAGUUGUAUUCGCGUGAUGGAAAGAACGCCAUCAAGGCACAAUCUGAGCUGAGACAAAUUUUGGAAGCUCAUCCACCAACCCGUGUAGCUGCUUUGGAUAUUGACUCCUUUUUUCACCAACACCUCCAACGAGCAUACAUGUCUAAAGUUAAGGAGGACUUUGGUGUCCACCUUGUGAUUCCUGAUAUUAAGGGUGCUCCUGCAGUGCUUGUCUUUGAGGGAGGAGAAGGACGAGUACCUCAGUAUACCUUACCCCGAGGUCAGCCAAGUGCCUCCGAUAUCAAGGAAUUCAAACAAGGAUUGGAAGCUGCCAGAAAGCACAUUUUGGAUAGCAUAGCUGCUCAAGGCAAGAUUAUUGAGACCCAGGUUGAAGUCCCUCAAAUGUAAGUCUUUUCUAGAUACAUUCAAUAUCCCGCACUAACGAUUUCAGAUUCCACUCGAGAUUACAGAAAUUCAUCAAGGCCCACAACGAUAAACGCCCUGCUGGUCAAUUCCCAGUUAGAGUUGUCCCUCGUGGAACACUGUUGACAUUCCUUGGUCCCGAGCCUGCCGUGAACAGCCUUGAAGAGGCCGUAAAGAAGUGGCUUGUGCAAGAGACCGAGGAUGAGAAAGAGCGUGGUUUCACCAUGUCUUUCGACUUCCCACAAAAGCACGCCAAUCAACUCAUCGGAAAGGGUGGAAGCAAUAUCAAGAAUCUCAAGGAAACCUUUGAUGUGGAAAUCCAAGUUAAGGAUGGUGUUGUUGAGUUGAAGGGUCCAAAGGCCAAGGCAGAAAAAGCCAAGGCUCAUAUCACUAGUCUUGGAAAACACUGGGCCGACGAAACGACUUACGUUCUCAAGGUCGAACCAAAGUACCACAGUGAACUCAUUGGUGCGGGAGGUUCCCAAAUCAAGAAGCUCGAGAGAAAGUACAAGAACGUCCAGAUUCGUUUCCCUCAUUCUCGCCCAGCCAAGGAUGACCAUUCGAGUGCCGAUGCAGCUAGCGAAGCCGGUGGUCGCCCUUCUGGUAGACAUCAACAGGAGCCAGACGAGGUUAUCAUCAGAGGACCCAAGAAGGGUGCAGAUGAAGUCAGAUCCGAAAUUUUGGAGUUGCUUCAAUAUACCAAGGAUACCUCACACUCUGCUACCGUUUCUGUCCAAGCUGGGCAAAUUCCUUCGCUCAUUGGUCAACGUGGAGCAGAGAUGGACAAGGUCCGUCAAGAGUCAGGGGCAAAGAUUGAUAUUCCAAACGCACGAGAUAUUCAAGAUCCUUCGACCAGAGUUGAGAUUCAAAUCAAGGGUACUAAAUCUGCGGUUGCCCAGGCCAAGAAGAUGAUUGAAGAGAAGAAGGAUGUCUUUGAUCACACUGUGACCAAGACUGUCGAGGUAGACAAGAAGCAUCAUAGAGCGCUCAUUGGAGGCAAAGGUAAGCGGAGAUACUUGUCGUGUAUGAUUUUGACUAAUCAUUUUUAGGUGCUACUAUUGGAGAGAUUGUUCUCAAAGCUGGCGGAACUAAUACAUCCGGCCAAACUGUUCAGUUCCCCAAGGCUGAUGCUGAUGGAAACCUAAUCAAGGUCACUGGUACUGUUGAUGUCGUGGACAAGAUUAUUGCUACGAUAAAGCACAUGGUUGCGGAUUUUGAAAGCCGAACCACCGAAGUGAUUGAUGUUCCAACAGACAAGCACCGAUCCUUGAUUGGCCGAGGUGGUGACACUAAGAGGGAUCUGGAAGCCAAAUUCAAAGUCUCCAUGGAUAUUCCCAGACAAAACAGUGACGAGACUGAUGUCAAGAUUACUGGUCUACCAGCGGAUGUUCAGAAUGCCAAAGCUCACAUCCUCAACCUCGUCAAGGAACAGGAAGGCGAGACUUUGCAGGUUCCACGAAAGGUUCACCACGCGGUUUCUGAUAAUGGCCAGUUUUUCCGUCAACUCCGCAACAACCACAAAGUCACAGUUGAUGUCCAUAGAAAUGAUGUGCCACCAAAGUCGGCUACUCCAGCACGAUCAAAUAGCGCAUUGCCACUGAUCACAGAUGAUGCUGAGACAACUGCCGGCGCACAUGAAUUCCAGACUGUUGACAUUGAUGACUCUGGUCUUGAGGGUGACAUUCCUUGGGUCCUUCGAGGCUCGCCUGAAGGCAUCGAGAAGGCAAGAUCUAUUAUUGUGGCAGCCAUUCAACAAGCUCUUGAGAAUUCUACGAUUGGGUAUCUUACGCUCCCUGACCCAAGCACAUACAGAUAUGUCAUUGGUCAAGGUGGAAGCAAGGUCAACAGUAUCAGAAAAGCUACUGGCUGCAAGAUCACUGUCCCACGAGACCAGGCCAGAGACGAGGCCAUUGAAAUUAUUGGAAGCGCUGAAGGUGUUGACAUGGCCCGGGAUUUGAUCCUCAAGGCCGUGAUGGAGGGGCAAAAUGCAUCGAAUGGUCGAUCAUGAUACACCACCUGAUUCUCUUAACACGGAGACGUUGGUGGGAAGUGUUUGUAGAAUCCGGUUGAUGGGUUGUGGUGUAUUACUUCUGGGAAACAUUUGCAUUUAUCUUUCU